GCUGCUUGGUUUGUUUACAACCUGACAGCGGGCACUUCGUCCGUUUGGACGAUAUACAUAAUUGUAAUCAUUGUAUUUGUAUAAUCCGGAACAAUCGCGCUUCGCAAUGUAAAGUAAUUGCUACUAAAAUGUAAAAACACAGGUUAUGCAACGUUCAACAUGAUUUAAGUGCUCAGGAUUUAAUGCUCAAAAUAAUAUUGCUUAUUAAAAAAACUUAACUUAGAAAACGAUAAGCGGAAUAUUUAAUCUUAUUAAUAAACAAUGAUAUAAUUUAGUCAUAUAAACAACAGGGAUCGGCCUGAAAUGCAGCAGUGUGUCAUGUGGUUAUGCCAAAUGAUUGUCAAUAAAGUUUUCGCGUUUUGAAACAUCAUGGCGGCGUACACUGUUCUUGCAGCUUUCAGAUACUCAAUAAAUGUUUUACUAAAAGACACUGUUCUGUCCUCAAAGAAUAUAUGCCGACUGGCAGCCAUUUGCACUGGAAAAGGUUACACUAGUUGGAGGAUGUGCAGUUCAUCCGCAUCAUCCUGCUCCACUGAGUCUCCAGCAGCAGCUAUCUGUGCCUUCAGUGGACACUAUGAUCGCCUAGUUCAGUGUGGCUCCCUGAGAAAAGAUGCUCAGCAGAGAAGUGUUCUCCAGCAGCUGGCUCAGCUGCAGCACACCCUGGAGAACUACAGUAACAGCAUCUACUUGAACCCACCUCCACCGAGGCUAAACUCUAAAGAUGACAUCAGUCAACUUCCAAAAGAUAAAGAGCACCACAUUACUACAGCUGAUAAGAAAGAUGGUGGAUAUGCUGCAAAGGAGGAACCUGCUCCACCACCACCCCCCAAAGGCUUCUAUAUCUAUGGAGAUGUUGGCACAGGGAAGACCAUGCUCAUGGAUAUGUUUUACUCCCGUGUGGAAAACACUCGUAAAAAGAGAGUCCACUUCAACAGCUUCAUGUUGGACAUCCACAAAAGGAUCCAUCGGAGGAAACAAAGCCUGCCAAAACGAAGGCUAGGGAAAAUGUUCACCUAUGACCCCAUAUCACCAGUUGCCAUGGAGAUCAGCAGUGAAACUUGCCUCUUGUGUUUUGACGAGUUUCAGGUGACCGACAUUGCUGAUGCCAUGAUCCUGAAGCAGCUGUUUGAGACACUGUUCAAGACCGGAGUGGUGGUGGUGACCACCUCCAACAGACCCCCUGAUGAUCUGUACAAAAACGGACUUCAGAGGAACACCUUUCUACCUUUCAUCGACGUGCUGAAGGAGUACUGCCACACCAUCUGCCUAGACUCUGGGAUUGACUACAGGAGGCUGGACAACGGUGCAGCGGGGAAACUCUACUACCUCACAGGGGAGCCCGGUGUAGAGGCCUUUUUGGAUGCGCUGUUUGAGGAGCUGGCCUUAAGUCAAGAGAGUGUUACAGGCCCUCGGUUGCUCACAGUGCUGGGCAGAGACGUGACUCUGGAAAAGACCUGUGGCUCCAUCGCUGACUGCACUUUUGAUGAGCUGUGUGGCAGACCUCUGGGUGCCAGUGACUACCUGGAAAUGGCACGGCUCUUUGACACCGUAUUCAUUCGCCAUGUUCCCAUGCUGACACUGACCCUGAAGGACCAGGCCAGACGCUUCACCACCCUCAUAGACAACUUCUAUGACAACAAGGUGAGAGUGGUGCUGCUGGCGGCUUCUCCUUUAGACGGGCUGUUUGUCCACAGUGGAGGGGACAGUGAGAGGGACAGACAACUGCUGGAUGACCUGGGCCUCAGCGGGGAGGCAGCGGAGCGCCUGACUCUGUUCACUGCCGAGGAGGAGAUCUUUGCCUUCCAAAGGACCGUCUCCAGACUGAUGGAGAUGCAAACAGAGUCCUACUGGAUGAAGAGAGACCGCAGUCACAGCAACAAACACGUGAACACCUAACAGCCACCCCUGCUGCCUGAUGAUCAUAUAUACCUCCAGACAACACAGUACCUCACUAACUACUGACACUACACAAGAGAAGUUCCUGUUUAGCAGAAAUGGAAAAUAUUCCAAUAUAUCCAAGAAAGACCUGAUACCCGCGGUAAAUAUAGAACAAAACUAGAUACCGGUUUUCGAUUAGGAUCUGACUUACCUUUAUCUUAUGCAUGUGUGUUAUAUCAUUUUACGGUUUGGUCCUCUGUUGAGAGGUGUGCUCUCUCCCCCUUGUGGACUAUUUAUUUUAAAGAAUAUGGAAACCUCUCCAACAUGUGUGAACCACAAGGGAAACAGGUGUUUACUUCAGAGAGAGGAAGAGGGCCAAGUGUCCCUCAGAGUAGUUGUAAACCGCCCUCUAGUGGGUGAAGUGGGUUCAAUAGUCUCAGGCUGUUCCUGUUUUUGUAUAACAAUAUCAGUCUCUGUAAAUCUCAACCGUAUACUGUAAAAACCUGGUAUGAAUUAAAAAUGUUAUGCAUGAUAUUAAUCCAUGUAUUCUAUCCAUCAAGCUAAAUAACUGCUGCAUUGGCAUGGAUGUAUUCCAGAUCUGGAUUCUUAAUCAUAUCAAGUGAACUAGUCUUGAUUUUGGGGAGAGGGUGUCUUGCAUAAUUACAGGAAAAAGCAUGCACAACUGCAAAGUGUGGUAAAACUUCAAUAUAAUAAAAUUGUCAACAAACUA